UAUUCUAGUUCCACACGCAAUUGAUUCGAGUGUUGCCGCGCGUACUCCUCCUGCUCACCUAUACAAGGGUUAUAGUGGCCGGCUCCAAUGCUCUGCUCGGAACAGAGGAGCGGUUUUCGGCGCAUGCGCUAAGUGAUCAAAACAACGGCUAGCAUAUACAGAAUAUCAAGCAGGAUUCAGGAGCACUGGACAGGAGGCUGCCUCCUACACUGUCUACGCUUGUAGCAUUACUGUUUGAGGCUGACCCAGUGGCAGGGGGUUUUUCGAUCAUAAGUUGUGUGACCCCUGGCGUUUCGAUACCGCCAUUGCCACGGUGACCGAUUGCUACUCGAGAUUGAUGAUGUGAAAACAUUGUGAUUUCGUAACUCGUGUGUGCAUCCGCAUAAACAUCAUCAGCUGUAUAGCGAUUGUCCGGAUCACAAGCACAGCACAGCACAGAGCGGUUGUAAUCCACGCCGGCGUACGCCAUCGACCUUAAUGGCAGGCCGUCGAAUCGAUGACGGGAUUUGCUGGUCAGCAGAAAUGUUCCAACGAAGUAUGCAGUUGAUCUGAUGAUUGUCGAAUUUUCUGCUAGGACGAUCCAGCUGGAACAACGAUUACGUGAGGGGACAUGGCUAAUGGCAAUGCCGAGGGUCUCGACCUGGCACUAACUCAGGCCACGAACCCACUCGACCGCGAGAUGAAUCUUGAAGCUGUCCAAAAGCUAUGCCAACUCAUCUUGUUGAGCAGAGAUGCGCCACAAGAGGUGUUACGAAUUAUCGCGCACAAAGUACAGAGUCCACAAGAGAGGGAGGCGUUACGCGCGCUUGAAGUGCUCGAGGAGUGCGUUUCACGAUGCGGAGGAAAACUAAACAAUGAGGUUGGCAAAUUUCGCUUUCUCAAUGAGCUCAUUCGUGUAAUAUCGCCCAAAUACUUAGGUCAACGCGCUCCCGAAUCAGUUAAAAGGCGAGUAGUUGAAAUUCUGUAUAAAUGGAGUAUUCUUCUAGCACACGAAACGAAGAUCGUUGAUGCAUAUGCAAUGCUGAAGCGCCAGGGUGUCGUCGAGGAAGACCCAGUACAUGUAUUACCACGAGAAGACGAAGCUGAACAAAUCGAAGCCCUACCACCGAGGGAAGAUGAAAUUUUUACUGACAAGCAAAAGGAACUUGAGUUGAAACGUCUACUUGGUUCAAAAAAUCCGGAAGACUUGCAGGCCGCCAACCGGCUCAUUAAAACUAUGGUAAAGGAAGCAGAUCGGAAAAUGGACCUGAAAGGACGAAAACUGUUAGAUUUGGAAGAGGCCACGAGUAACUGCGCCGUGUUUUCGUCAUUGUUGAAGAACUUCCACGUAAAUAUGGAAGCCGACGAGUUGGAGUUGCUGCAGCAAAUAUUUGAACACUGCGAUAAACUUCGGCCAAAAUUAUUUACACUGGCUAGCGAAUUUAGUUUGAUCGAAGAUUUUUCUUCUGUCCAAGAGGUGCUUCAACAAAACGAUGAGCUAACAGCAAUCAUAAAUGACUACAAGGAAAGAGUGGCACCCAUUGUUAAAAAAUUACCACGGGUACCAGUAAUUGUGAGACUAGCUGCUGCAUCAAAUACUGCAGUCGGUGCUAUCAGUAACGAAGUGGCUACCGACCUCGUUAAGCAAACAACUGCCCCUAGAGUGACAUCGGCACUUGCCAUUUCUCCGCCCGCCGCACUAUCCUUAGCUGCAAGCAAGGAGGAGGCAUCUAGUUCUACGUCGAACGGUAAUGAGCAUCUAAACUUUGAUCCUCUUUCAUCGAAAUCACACCACUCAAAUUACGCGGACGACGUGUCGUUGUUGGACUCGCAGAUAUCGCCCCUAACGGUGAGUCCAAGAACCGACGCCCUUAUAGCAGUUGAUGGUUGCAGUGUAAAAGACAACGAUUUGUUGAACUUGAUGGACCUAAAUCUCACUAUAAAACCCUCGUCCACCGCAUCCUCAGCGGUGACGGCGCCAGUGGCGGGUGCCGCUGUCGAAAUCAAAACAAUGGCAAGUACCACUACAACACCAAAGUCGAUCUUCCCUGCACAGUUUGUUAAUUCGUCGCCAUUGCAUCCAGUUCAGCUAACUAACAAAGUAUCGCUACCCUCUCCUCCGGCGGUCGCUACUGGUAAAUCUUCCAGCCAGCCGAAAACGUACACACCCUUCGAGGGUUUCGACACACUUAUGUCCGAGGGAAUUCUAGCGACAAAGGCACAAUCCAUCCAUCCAACUAGUCUCGCAAGUCUUAAGGAAAUCUCUCUUGCCGAUAUCAUCCCGUCCACACAGCCGCCGGUUGUGUUAAGUUGUCAGGAUGACGUCACGACAAUUCUGCACAUCACCGAAAAUCGGCCAGCAGACGACGUUCUAGUGGUGUUAAUCUCAACGACAAACCGAAAUGCUAAAGCGGCCGUGAAAAAGUUUAGGUGUACGGUGAGCUCACAGGAUGGUCAGAUUCAAUCGCUAACACCGUCUGGUGACCAACUACCAGUUUUCAACGUGUUCGUGCCAUCAACGGCCAUCACGCAAAUCAUUUUACUGGAGAAGCUUCCAACGGGUAUUCGAAUUUCUUUCACGUUAAGCUACAUGCUAGUUUUGGCAGGCGGCGUUGGGUCAACAAUGGUAUCCCUCUCUGGUGAGAAGCAGCUAUAACCACUGCUAAUACUGUUAUUCCUGUGCUAUUACCACAUACUUCUAUGAUACUACUGUGAAACCAGGAAAUUAGCAUUUUCCUAUAAUGUGAGCCGAGCCUUUUAAUAAAUAGUAUAUAUAUAUAUAUCUAUAUAUGGGAUGCAUUCGCAGGAUGAUGCA